AUCCCCUCAUGGGUCCAGCCCAGCGAAGUUCCUCCGAUUUACAUUGUCGCAUACAGUGGUUCCACGUCUUCUUAACUUUUUUGACGACGCUGUCCGUCAAACCGAUUAACUGUAUAUAAGCAAGGGAUAUUAUCUGUUUCAUCGUUGACUCUUCAAGCUCUACCCGGGACAAGCGGGUACGCGCGGAGUGUUUUUUUGCCGACAACAUGCGCUCCAUUUUGGGGUUAGUCGUAUUGGUCGUCAGCGCAACUUUAUAUCUGUACCUCUUGACUGCUUUCCUGCCGCCGGGUCCGCGACACGAGCGCCGAGAUGAAGAGGGGAAAACAAUUGCGAACGAGUUUGGGGAAGUGGAGAUGGAAGAAGACAGAAUUCAUUUCCCCUCCGAUUUGGAAGAGCUGAGGGACCUAGCCGCUCUGCUGAACUUCUACAAGAACGAGCACAAGGCCUACGUGAUUCUGCUCUUCUGCAGUGCCUACCUCUACAAGCAGUCCUUCGCAAUACCUGGCUCCUCCUUCCUGAACAUGCUGGCGGGGGCGAUCUUUGGUACCCGGGAUGGCCUCCUGAUUGCCUGUGCCAUGUCCACUAUAGGCUCCACCUUCUGCUACCUACUAUCCCACAACUUUGGCAAAAAGCAUGUAGUUCGCCUGUUCCCAGACAAGGUGGCCAUGCUGCAGAAACUG